AUGGGUGCUCUAGAAUUGAUUAUACUAACAGCUGUAAUGGCCGGUGUCACCUAUGGUGCCGGUGUGAUACCGUUGAAUUGGAAGGUGAUGGAGCUGAAGUUGAACUACCUAUCCACAUUCUCUAUGGGUAUGCUUAUGGGGACCUCAGUGCUAUUGGUUAUACCGGAAGGUGUGAAAUCAUUAUAUGACGCCAUAGCAGAUGAUAGCAGAGAUGUCGCAGGAUCCAUCAUUGGGUUCUCCUUGUUUCUGGGGUUCGUGUUGUUAUACAUCUUGGAUAACUUUGUUACCUUUGCCAAUGCCUUAGGAGCAAGUCAAUUAAGUGAAAGUUGGAAACCAGUUAUUGACGUGGACAUUGGCUCGGAAGUCAACUCUCAACAACAGCAACAAUAUCAACAACAACCAAAGAAUAAACUACUUACCAUUGCAAAGCUGGUGUUUCAAGAGUCUUUAACCGUGGGUCUUUUGGUCCAUGCUGGUGUGGAUGGAAUAUCUUUAGGGUCAACCUUUGCAUCUACAACUUCAUCGUUUAAAAUGGUCUUCUUUGUUGCAUUGAUCAUCCAUAAGAUCCCGGCUUCCUUUAGCUUGACCACUAUUCUUGCCAGACUGGGAAUGCCCCAUAACAUCAUCAAAAUCCAUCUAUUACUCUUUGCUUUGUCAACCCCAUUCAGUGGCAUACUCAGUUAUCUCAUCAUUCAAAUCUUCAGAUUAACAAGUGGCCCAUAUAUUGGAGUGCUUCUUCUUUUCAGUGGAGGUACCUUCUUAUACGUGGUGAUUCAUGUGAUAAUAGAGGUUUCUGCUCCAAAAGAAGUUGCUCCUCCUUCUUCUAGUCAUAGUGAAGAAACCUUACAGCAAUACCAUACUCAUAAAACAAGCCUUUCUGGUCCAGAAUUCAUAUGCUCUUUGAUAGGAAUGUUGGUACCCAUUCUUUUAAGUUUCAUAAAAGAUGAAUAA